CGGAUAUCCUCGCAACUACCGACCUACAUUCACUCGAGGAAUUAAUUGGGUAUGAGGCCUCUCUCAUCUUCUAUAAGAGGACGAAUAUUCCUACGCCCCAGCCUGAAUGUCCUGUCUUUGGUCUCGCCACGGCAAGUCAUAUCAGCUUCCACAGCUUCGACAUCUUCAUCUGCACCGACAUCCACAAUGGCGACGCCGUACAAGAUUCACGUCCCGGUCAACGAUACCGGCCUCUUGAAGUUCGCACAGAGUGAAACCACUGCCAACACUACAUCAGAACUGCUCCAGAAGGACCUCGAAACUCACCACGUAUUUUUCAACGCUAUGGGAUAUCACAACCAUAUCGUCCAUCAUCUUCUAUCCCUCUACGGCACAGGGGCAGACGCUUCAGCCAUCCGCAAAGCCUUCGCCGAUAACGACACCUACCAACUGCCCGUUCAGCCAACCCACCCGGCCGUAGCCGACGAACUCGCCGCCGACUGGGCCACAGCAGCUCCGAAGUACCUAGGGCAAGGGAAACACUACCCGGACUUCCUCCUCUUCUUUCAGCGCGAAAUCGACCGCCGAGGUGGCGACUUCACCGCCGGGGUAUCGGAGUUCCUGUUCCGCGGCGACGCCCGCGCCGACGACCUCCUCCAGCGCGUACACGCCGGCUUCCUCCACCCUCUCAUCCAGCUGAUGUACGGCCUCGAGUGGCGCCAGCCAGCCAUCAUUGCGGAGGGUCUCGCCCAGGCGGCCGUCCACCAGAACAAGUUGGGACCUUUCCUGGAGCGGACUGAGCGCGAGGCCCGCGCGGAAGCUAUGCCUCCCUUGGCGGAGCUCUACCGGGGAAUCCGCGCCGACGAGAGGCUGAGAGCUGCAGUUCGCGCGGAUGACCAGGAUAAGAUCUUCGACGGUAUCCUUUCCCGAGCGCCUGAUGCCAUGCUGGAGUUUACGUCGCAUGUUAGGGUCGCCCCGGAGGAGGUCGAGGAGCGUAUCGCUGAGAUGUUUGAGACGGCGAUUUGGGCUGCUGGCGGUGCGGCGUUGCGACCUGGAAAAGUACCCAAGUGGGAUUUCUUCCUUAUUCACCACAUCAACUCGGUUCCCUUUCACGUCACCGUCAACGACCAGCCCUGGAUCCCCGCCGAGACGAAAGCGCGCCUCCUCGAAUGGAAGAUCCGUUUGGACCUAGCCCAGUACGCAGCCCGCGGCUCCCCCCCUAACCGCUUCGACGACGUCAAGACGUACCGCCCCAAGGACCUCGACGAGGGGAAGCAGCUCGUUUCUCAUCCCAACGACCUGCUCCCCCGCUUCCAUGCUACCAAGGAAGACGGACACGCCAUCAAGCUCGUGCGCGCCUUGGGCAUCUGCAAGGAGCUUUUGGACACCAAGUUCAAGGAUAAACAGUGGCGCAAGAUCACAGAAGACGACCUCUGGCUGAAGUUGCAUUAUAUGGUUCUUGACGGCACAGAAUAUCCGCAGGAUGGGUUGGCCAUGUGGGUUCGGGGUGCCGGGUUCGAUGAGAUGUGGAGGGACGUUCCCGACCGCAAAUGAACGAAAUAUCCCUGUUCGGAUGCUGCAACCACGCAAUAAUCCGUCCUUGAGAUUCCAUUCCAUGUUCCUAGUUGCCCAGUGUGAUACAAUAUCAAAUCGGGUAUAUCAAAUAGCCCGUGUGCGGCGGGCUGGUCUACGCAUCUAACCCAACCCAACUUCCCGCGUCCGAAUCAUCCUCUUUCCCAUC